UUUUAGGGUUCAUCAAACCUAAUCAUAUCUCUGUGUUUAUCAUCUCAUUCAUCAUCACAUCGUUGUGUUGCCGUUGUUCAAUUUGUAAAAUAGUUAGUCGGAAUCAGUAAAGUUCGAUUUCUUGAUUUCUUUUGUUUGGAUUUUGGCUUUUAAUUGAUUUAUUUCUGGUUUUUAGGUUUUGUUUGAGUAGAUUAACACAAUGGCUGGCAUCGGUGGACUUACCAAUCAAAACCCUAAUAAAUCAUAUGAGGUUGUUCAACCACCUACUGAUUCUAUAUCCAGUCUUUGUUUUAGUCCUAAAGGCAACUAUCUUGUUGCUACUUCUUGGGAUAAUCAGGUUAGAUGUUGGGAAAUACAAAGAUCAGGAGCUAAUACAGGAAGUGUGGCAAAAGCAGCAAUUAGUCAUGACCAACCGGUUUUGUGUUCGGCAUGGAAAGAUGAUGGAAUGACUGUUUUCUCGGGAGGGUGUGAUAAACAAGUAAAGAUGUGGCCAUUGAUGUCUAAUGGUCAACCUGUCACUGUUGCUAUGCAUGAUGCACCUGUUAAAGAAGUUGCUUGGAUACCGGAGAUGAAUCUUUUGGCCACAGGAAGCUGGGAUAAGACCCUCAAGUACUGGGACCUUAGGCAGCAAACGCCGGUCCACACACAACAGCUUCCAGAACGUUGUUACUCACUCUCUGUCAAAUAUCCUCUGAUGGUUGUUGGAACCGCAGACAGAAAUCUGAUUGUUUUUAACCUUAACAAACCUCAGGAGGAGUUUAAGAGAAUUCAAUCACCCUUGAAGUAUCAAACUAGAUGCGUUGCUGCAUUCCCAGAUCAGCAAGGUUUUCUUGUUGGCUCAAUUGAGGGCAGAGUUGGUGUCCAUCAUUUGGAUGAAACUUUGCAGGCGAAAAACUUCACCUUCAAAUGCCACAGGGAGGGACAGGAGAUAUACUCAGUGAAUGCAUUAAAUUUUCAUCCUGUUCAUCACACAUUUGCAACAGCUGGAUCAGAUGGUGCGUUCAAUUUUUGGGACAAGGAUAGCAAACAGAGACUCAAGGCCUUGUCUAGGUGCAAUGCUCCCAUUCCUUGCAGUGCAUUCAACAGUGAUGGUUCAAUAUAUGCAUAUGCGGUGUGUUAUGACUGGAGCAAGGGUGCAGAAAAUCACAAUCCAGCUACUGCAAAGUCGACCAUUUUCCUCCACUUGCCACAGGAAUCCGAGGUUAAAGGGAAGCCACGAGUUGGGACUGGUAGAAAAUGAAGCUACUGCUUAGUACAUGUGGAUGGUAGAUUGAUAGUGGUCGUGACUGUUGGGAAGCAAAAGGGACCUCUGGUGUUCAUUGCUUUUUUUCUUUUGUAAAUUGGUGAUAAUUUAUUUUUUUACCUUUUGGUCCAAGUACCGGUCUUCACAUCUGGUUAAGAAGUUUACUUUCUGUCAGCAGUCUCUCUGUUCUUAUCGGAAUGGUAUAAAGCCUUUUGCCGGUGUUAACAGUUGUCCUUACGUUUCUUAGGCUGAGUCGGCCUGUGUUACAGCAAUUUCUGACAUUUUUAGCUUUAUAGAGUAAACAAGUUAGUCUCACAUUACUGCUUCCUGUUUUUCGAUCAUAAGACGCCCAGUGUCCUAUGAUUGCUUCUUGUUUUUGGAUCAUAAGAACACACUUUUGGGGGCCAGAAUUAAUGUUCAGUUUAUGCUGU